CACGUUGCAUAUCGCAAGCACUAUGUAUCAUGUGUUCUCAUUUGAAUUCUCCACCCCGACCUCUGUCAGAAAAGUACAGUUGUACGUUGGUAUAAUGCUUUAACGAGUUGGUGAUCGUUAUACGGUUGCUACCAGGCAUACGAGUUGCCUAGCAACUCUGAUUCUCAAACAGUACUUGAGGGCUGAGCGUAAUGAACGCAGUCUAGUUUCUCUACCACUUGAACUUCUGAACUUUUGUGAACCCGGUUCCGAGGCUGCACUCUCUCGCGCAGCGCUGAUUUAAACCUUAAAAAAAAGUUGAAUAUUAUAUUUUAAAGCAUUCCUAAAGAGCAAGAACGAAGUCAACGGGAAUUAUGGGACCUAAAAAAGCAAAAGGCAAAACGAUGGAUUCGGUCGACGGGGUCGAUACUUCAAAAAUGAAUCGUGAACAGUUGGAACUUUACUCUCAUAAAAUUCUUGAGGAAAUGGAGAGAGAAAGAGAGGAGAGAAAUUUCUUUCAAUUGGAAAGGGACAAGUUGAGAACUUUUUGGGAAAUUACAAGACAUCAGCUCGACGAAGCUCGGGCUACCGUGAGAAAUAAGGAACGCGAGAAGGAGGAACUCUCAGAGAAACACGAUGCGGAAUUGAAACUUUACAAGCAGAAAGUCAAGCAUCUCAUGUACGAGCAUCAGACGAAUCUUUCGGAAACGAAAGCUGAGCAUAUGGUAGUUCUUAAACUUGCUCAGGAAGAUCAUGCGGCGCAGGAAAAUGAGUUCAUUAAGGACAAGAAGGAUUUGAAGAAGAUGCUUAAGGAACAGGAAUUAGCUCAUAUGAAUGAAAUUCGAGCGUUGAAGCUACAAAGUGCCGAGGAGAUGAGUAUAAUUAUGAAGAAAUUUGAAGCUGAGGCAGUGGAACUUGAACAGAAGUACGAGCAGAAGUUGGCUAAUCAGUAUGAAUCUUUGACGCUGAAGCAUAAAAUGGAAAUGACUGAGGUGGAAGAGAGGAAGAAUAUGCAGAUAGCCAACCUCAUGAAAAAUCAUGAGAAAGCUUUUAUUGAGAUGAAGAGUUAUUAUAAUGACAUCACACUUAAUAAUUUAUCUUUGAUCAAAAGUCUCAAGGAACAAAUGGAGGUUAUGAAGAAUCAUGAGGAAAGAAUGAAGAAGCAGGUGCGAGAAUUAUCUUCGGAGAAUAAAAAAUUCUCGGCGGACUUGAAAAUUGCGCAGGAACAAGUAACAGAAAAUAGUCGGCAGUUGGUCAAUUAUGAGAAGGACAAAGUCUGCUUGGCUAAUACUAAGAGACGACUUACUCAGACGCUCAAGGAACUAGAGAAUUUAAAGUGGGAAAAUGAAGUCCUUGAAUUACGUUUUGAAAAGUGUCAGGGCGAGCGCGAUGAGCUUCAUUCGAGAUUCGUAUCAGCCAUUUUGGAACUUCAGCAGAAAACAGGAUUGAAGAACGUUCUUCUAGAGAAGAAAUUAGAAAAGCUAUCAGAUUUGCUAGAACAACGUGAAGCUCAAAUUAAUGAAGUUUUGGCUGCUGCUCAGUUAGAUCCAGCGGCGAUAGUGAACGUGAAUAAGAAGCUAGAGGAAAUGUUAAACCGAAAGAACACGGCCAUUCAAGAUCUGCAAUAUGAAUUAGCAAAAGUUUGCAAGGCCCACGACGACCUGUUAUCGACUUACGAAUCGAAACUCCAAGAAUACGGAAUUCCACAAGCUGAACUUGGUUUUCAGCCACUGAGAGCAAAGAUACCAGACGCCAAAUUAGGUUUGGGCCCAGCGGGCCUCGUGACAACGAAUCGAUAACACCGAACAUCAAAUAUGAAUACAAUAUGGCAGUCGAAUAUCAAUAAACAAUCAAUAUAUCCACA